AUGGCUAAUUUGUGCACACUUGUAAGGAAUGAUUUGAACUUGGAGGAAUUCGCAUAUUUGGAUAAAGUUCCAGCCUUCAUGCUUCCAUUUCUACGAGGGUGGAGUGAUCCUCUUGGUGAUGGUAACUGUGGAUUUCGAUGUGUUGCAGAUUUCUUCAUAGGUGACCAGCAUGAAUGGAUAUUAGCUCGACGAUCGAUUGCAAAUGAGGUUGGUCAUCAUCGAGACAUGUAUUCUCGAGUGUACAGAGUUGAACAAUUAGAUGUUGCAAUCAACCGUAUCACAUGGACUGGAGGGAGAUUCGGCACAAAUCAUUGGAUGGUUGCUUUUGAUGACUUGUUUUCGAUUGCUAACUUUUAUAAUGCCGCUGUUAUGUGUUUUGGUGUUGGUAUAGAUGGUCGUGGUGUGUUCCCAUGCAUCACUGUGCUACCUUGGACUGCUCCGUCAAUAGCAACCGGUCCGUAUAGGGAGUUUUGCAUACUGUCUUUAGGGUGGAAUUUUGUGCGAUUGGAGUUUGAAGAUAAUUUUCCAGUUCCUCCUAUUGCUACUACUUGGUUUGAUAUACGUGACGAUACCGUUACAGGUUGGGAGGAUCGAUAUCAACAUAGGCGCGCUACUUGGAACACUCUAGCUAAUAGUCAAUGA